AUGCGUGCCUUCUCCGACUCCGAAUCUAUCUGGUCCCUGUGUGGCGUGGCAGUGCGAAUGGCCCAUCGGAUCGGUCUCCAUCGGGACGGCUCCCAGCACGGUCUAUCCGUAUUCGACACAGAAAUGCGACGCCGUUUGUGGCUUCAGUUGAUUAUCUUAGACGCUACCACUGCUCAGAGCUCCGGCAUUACGGCACAAACCUCUCUGAUGAGGGCUGACGUGCGACGUCCCUCCAAUGUAAACGACAGCGAUCUGGACCCGUGCAUGACAGAGAGCCCUCGCGAGCACGACGGCGCCACCGAGAUGAUUUUCUGUCUGGUACGAAAUGAAUUCGGAGAAUGGUUAGAGCGAUGGUACACAGUGAGCAAGUAUUCGAAUGGCAUCUGGGGAUUUCUGAACUCGCCUUCACUUACGCUGGCAAAGAAGGAUGAAGCGAUCAAUGAACUCAGCGACGCAUUGGAGUCGAAAUUUCUCCGACACUGCGAUCGGUCUAUCCCGUUACACCUUAUGGCGUCGUUCGUCGUCCAGACCAUAAUCUGUCACAUGAGGCUCGCGGCGCAUCAUCCUCGUCAAUAUAGCAACGGAGAGAACGUCGACCAGAAGGAGCGAGACUACAUGUUUUCUCUCUGUCUACAGAUUGUGGAGAAUUCCGUCGCAGCUCAAACAAAUACUAUCAUCCAGCGAUACGCAUGGCAUAUAGAAAACCAUGUCCCGUGGGACGCCUGUAUACACAUGCUGUACGAGUUGGGCCAUCGCGUCAACGACAAGGAAACCGGAAGAGCUUGGUGUCUUCUCGAUGAGAUCUAUCGUUACCACUACUGGCAGAUGAAGAACCGACCGAAAAACUCGUUCUAUAUUGCAAUGCGACGACUCCUUGUGAAGGCUUGGAAUGCACACACCGAGGAGCGAAUCCGUCAGAACAAGUCGACGCUACCCCGUCCUUGGAUUAUCUCCAAAUUGUGUCCAGGGACGAAUACGCAAGGAGUCGGUGAUUCGCGGAUCGCCUCUUCUUCUCCACCUAAUAGUGCAGCGCAAGAAGUGGUUCAGGGGAGCGAACCAACUCAGGACGCGCCAUUGGGUGUCACUCAGGCGAUCGACUUCGGGGGCGACAUUGAAGAUCUUGAACUCAGCCCGAUGGAUUGGGGUCAGUGGGACGAUCUACUGCAACAGUUUACCAAUAGCGACGCAUGGGGUGAGUGA